CUGGACCUUUCAUAUUGUGGGCUGAAAAGUCUGCCGGCUGAGAUUGGGCAGCUGUCAGAUCUGUCGACCUUGCGCCUGACCGGUAACAUGCUAUUCACUUUGCCAUCCGAAAUCGGGUUUCUCACCUCGCUUAAAAUUUUGAAGCUCAACGAUAAUCGGCUCAGAAGCUUGCCAGAAGAGGUGGGGUUCUUGGCUUCGCUAAUCCUUUUAGAUUUGAGCGGAAAUCAGCUGACGAGCUUGAACGCCGAGCUCGCGCGACUCAAGUCGCUUGGUUAUUUGCACGUCGGGAACAAUCAGCUUAGUAGCCUGACGAGCUUGCCGGCGGAGAUCGGGCAGCUCACCUCGCUGACGGAGUUGUACCUCGACAAUAAUAAACUGACGGAUCUGCCGGCGGAGAUCGUGCAGCUCGAGAGGCUGAAUCGUUUGAAUUUAGACAACAACAAGCUGACGACACUGCCGCCGGAGAUCGGACAGUUCAGGGACCUGGGGGAAUUGACGCUCAGCCACAAUCAGCUGACGACGCUGCCGGCGGAGAUCGGACAGAUUUAUACACUUGGUUUAUUGAACCUUGACAACAACCAGCUGACGAGUUUACCGUUGGAGAACUGGCCCGCGACAUACUUGGAGAAGCUUCAUCUCAGUGGGAAUAAGCUGACUACACUGCCGGCGAAGAUCGGGCAGUUCAAGGACCUCUGGUUGCUGGACCUCAGUAGAAACCAGCUGACUACACUGCCAGCUGAGAUUGGGCAGCUCACGUCGCUGCAGGUGUUGAGACUCCUCGUUAAUAAGCUGACGAGUCUGCCGGCGGAGAUCGGGCAGCUCGCAUCGCUGAGGAAGUUGUACCUCAGCUGGAAUGAGCUGACGAGCUUGCCGGCGGAGAUCGGGCAGCUCACUUCGCUGGAGAUGUUGGACCUCCAAUACAAUCAGCUAACGAGCGUGCCGGAUGAGAUCGGGCAGCUCACUUCGCUGGAGCUGUUGGGCCUCGGCGAAAAUCAGCUGA